AGAAAAGUAGAGCUCUCUCUGAUACACACCAUGUCUGCCAGUGGUUUGAGCAAAAGUUUAAAGUCCACGUAAACAUGAAUUCUUUGAAAUUAAACCUUGAGAUCAGAACAACCCUGUCUAUUAUUGGCUAUGAACUAUUACACAAACUCUUGUUAUAUUACUACUUGAUUAUGUCACCAACCAGUAGUAAAACACUGCUUUGGAUAUUUCAAAACUUUACUUAAUUUACUUUUUUCCUACUAAUAACUUUAGUUUCUUUUUUAGUUAGUCUUCACAUCAAAGAAUUUGACCAGCAAAACAAAACAAGGGGCACAAAUCCAAUCUGGUUUGCAAAUGACACUUUAUGUUCAAACUGAGCUGAACUGACCUCUACCGUAGGUGAUCUACUUGGUUUGUAGCAGAUCACCUUACAAUCUUCAGUCAAAGUCAUUGCAAAAGCUGUUUGACACAGUAUUAAUGGAAACAUCAACUUGGAUUAGAUAAUAACAGCACUGUUAGGUAUUUCAUCUAGUUUACCAUUUAGCCAGGCCUUUACUGACCAGUGAGCAUGUGAAUAUGCAUGAGAAAAGCUAAAAGGGUCUGUGAUUACAUGGAAAAGGUUCUUUCCUGUAAUUAUAACAAAAUAUUUCAAGUGUGGAAAAGGGCAAUUGGCUCUUUUAAUAACUGACUGUAUGGGUAUACGGUCAAUUUUUACCAGGCAUUAAUAUGGUUGUAUUUGACAUUCUGUCCUUCUUUUAUACUUAGUUUAAAUUAGUUUAGCUAAGUGUGUGGUGACCGUCUCCCUGAAAUGUGUCACUAAUAAUCCCAUCACUUUUUUAUUAAGCAACUUAAAAUAAUACCUCUAAUAUGACCUCGAGCUAAGUGAUUAAUGCAUAUGUGUGUGUGACUAUGUAAUUAUAUUUUUUGUAUUUAUCAGAAAGAAAUGUGUAGCAGAAUUAAUAAACAUAUUGAGUUCAAGUGUAGUAGCAACUGGUAUAAUACAUAUAAAUGUAUAAUGACUGGAUGUCUGGUUUAUUACACGUUAUACGCUUAUUAAAUUUGUUAAGUUAUUUUUAUAUACUGCUGUAUGUAGAUGUGGAUGUACUGAACUAGGAACUUAACGAACAGUGAGUGCAGCACACAGAUUCAGAAAGUUCAUGAACAAUCACCUCCUGUUUCUUACAACACAACAGAAGUAAAACAUUAUGUGUGGGUUUAGUUAAUUAUUAUCAGCUUAGUUCAUUUUAAGAAACUUCUGGUAGCAUAACAUCUCUUUAAAUAGAUCACAGUAUAAUACAGUCAGAAGUCACAAUUUAAUAGAUAAUUUAAAAGAAACUUGUAUUGUAAGACAAGUGACGUUUUUAUACUUGAGUAUAGCGUUUGUGUCCUUUAUUUGCUUUAUAAUAAAACAUCCAUUUCAUCCUGGCCGCAUGACCUGUCAGGGCAGGUAGUGGGCCACAAGAGGGUGAUAUUACUCUUUACGAGUUCUUGGACCAAUUAGACACGAAAAUAAAAAUAAAACUUUUGCCAUAAAUUCCCAAUAUUAUUCAAAUGACAACGUUUUCAUAUUGAGAUCGUUGGGGUGAUUUAAUACAUUUAAUAUGAGAUCAUUUAAACAGACCUGAAAUGAAAAAAUAAUAAGCUCAGUCUCAAAUAUGUUAUAUAUGUUAUGUUUACAUUCUCACAUAUACUAUGUAAAGUAUUAAACUGAACUACGUGUCGUCUUUUGUGUGAGUUCGGGGUGAGGCUGCUGAUCGUCACCUCACACUGAGCAGCAGUUGAAUGGAGCCGACGGGAGGAAGUGGCGGUUAAUGCAGCUCCACACCUUUCCGGUGUAGCAGCGCCGCGAUCCGCUCGGCUUAAGGGAGAAAGGCGAGAGCUGGCUGGCUUUGACGAGACGGGGGGAAGAGUUAGCAGGCGGACAAGAAGUUGAGUUUCGUGAGUGGAUACGCGUGUUGCUGAGUCACCGAAGGGUUUUUUUUCGAGUUGCUCUCUUCCAGCGCGGCGAAGUUACCCUCGGAACACUUGAUGGAAUAGCCGCAGAAAGCUGCUUUUCUGCUCCGGUAGCGGUGAAGAGAACAAGGGCGCAGCCGGCGAGGAGGACUGGCUGACACAAACCCCACAGGGAACUCCGAAGGCGCGUUUUCGGGCCUUCCACGCACCGCGUCCGCUCUCUGCUGCAUUUUCUCUUUCAUUUGUCUCCCAGCAUAUGCUGACACCAUGCAGGUCCUGCAGCAGCUGCUGCCAAGUUGUUAGUGUAACAGUGCCAUGUUGUGCAUAGGCCUAGAAAACCGUGUUACCCAGAACAUAAAUGCCCCUGUACGUCACGAGGUUCUGACACACAGACUCUGAACUAUAACUCACUUAGUGCUGUUUGUUGCAUAUUAAUGCGUCCAUUUAGACUUUUUCCUCAUGCGCUACACUGAGUCAUGCUUUCACAAGUAAAGCCAUAAGAAAAGCGAAUUUGUAGUCAAAGUGAGUAAUCAUCGCCACUGUAACAGACAUUUUCUCGCGUGGAACAGAGAAUUUAUGCACAAGAGUCCAAAAUGGGGAAAAUGCUCUCAAAAAUAUUUGGCAACAAGGAGAUGAGAAUACUGAUGCUUGGACUUGAUGCCGCUGGGAAGACGACGAUCCUUUACAAGCUGAAACUCGGACAGUCUGUCACCACCAUCCCGACAGUCGGCUUCAAUGUGGAAACUGUCACCUACAAAAACGUCAAGUUCAACGUGUGGGAUGUUGGAGGCCAGGAUAAGAUUCGCCCUCUGUGGCGACACUACUACACGGGCACCCAGGGGUUAAUUUUCGUGGUGGAUUGCGCCGACCGGGAUCGCAUCGACGAGGCGAGGCAGGAACUCCACCGCAUCAUCAAUGACCGAGAGAUGAGGGAUGCCAUCAUCUUAAUAUUCGCCAAUAAGCAAGACCUCCCGGACGCCAUGAAGCCGCACGAGAUCCAAGAGAAGCUGGGAUUGACCCGCAUCAGAGAUAGGAAUUGGUAUGUUCAGCCCUCCUGUGCGACCACAGGUGAUGGACUGUAUGAAGGCUUGACAUGGCUAACCUCAAAUUACAAAUCUUAAUGAUUGAGUGCUGACUGUUUUAGGUCAUACUAUAAUAAAGUUGCAAGUAAUGGAUAACUUCUCAAAAUGAGUAUGGUUGGAAAAAAAGCCGAUUAUCCCAUUUAUUUUUAAUACUACGUUUACCCUAUGACUAAUUUAUCUUUAACUGGGUUUGCUGGCUUACAGUUUGCUUGUACUCUGUAGCAGGCCUAGGUCACAUGCUUUAUUUUGGGGCGUGCUUGAUGAAUAUUGAAUUAAUUGGUCCUAAGCCACAGAGAUCACCACCUUUGCCUGUUCUUUUUCCUGUUUUGUAUAAUUUUUCUAAUGAAGCUGAAGUUUUUAUCUUCAUACUUGGAUUGAAGCUUGUUUCAAGGUUUUUCUGUCUCUGUUGCAUUGAACUUGGAUUUUUUUCCUCUAAGAGGGCGUCUCUGUCAUGUAGCCUACUUGGAAGGACCUGGACAUUUUAACACAGUACUGUGAUGCGAAGUGUUUCUUCUCAAUGGUAUCGACUGCAGAAAUGAAAAAAAGUACAAGAAACAUUUUAUUGUCAGUCUUGACCACAGAGAAAGAUGAUGAUUCCCCCAAUCCCCUUAUGUGGGCUAUAAUUAACCAAAUGACCUUUUGUGUCAUGUCUCGAUACUUAAUUGUGUUCAAUAUUCAACAAAUAGGCCUCCAGUAACACAUGCUUGUUGGGAUGCGUUUUUAAUUUUGGGUAACGUAGUCUGUUGACUCUAUCUCCAAAGGAAUGUCAUUCAGCUCUGAGCUCUCAAUCUGAAACCAGUUGAUUAGUCUCAGUAUUGGGACCUUAUAUGAUAGCCUAUAUCUGUAGCAUGAGUACGAAAGUACAGUAACCCUACAUCAGAGUCCAUCUGUUUGACAGUCAGAGGGAGCUGUUUACUGGUGAAAUGUUGAAAGACAUCUUGUGGUGCAGCUCUUACUCCUAUUUUGACUGGGGGAUCCAUGUACAGAACAAUGUCAUUGUAAUGUCUUAUUAAAAAAAGUGAUUUUAA